CGCCACCAACAUUCUGCUCAGCAUGCGUCCGGCCGUCCUGCUGCGCCUCGCGCGGCCGCUGCACACGUCUGCGCGCCUCGCCCUGCCGCGUGCCUCGCCGCGUGCGCGCCUCACGCCCGUGUCGGACGCCGCUGCCGCGUUUGGCGAGCCGCACGAGGCGCAGCCGUCGGGCUCGGCGCACAGCGCAGUCGCCUCUAGCAGCACGUCGCAGGCACUGCCUCAGGACGACGAGCUGCCGUGGUUCCUGGCCGCUCCGCCCAUCGCCGUGCCCGAGGCACCGCCCGCACCCGUGGCGCCCGCGUCUGACCUGCCGCCGGCGCUCGACGGCCUGCGCGCCGCCCUGCAGGCCUCGUCCUUCUCGCGCCUCCUCACGCCGCAGGAGAGCACGGACCGCGAGGUGCUGCGCUUCAUCCACGCGCGCGCCGUCGACCACGAGGCGUGGUGCGAGUGGAUCGUCGUCGUCGAGGUGGAGAGCGCAAGUGGAGGCGCCGUGGCGGGCCUGGCGCGCGUGGCCGGCGACUACCUGCGGCAAACACCUCCGCCACCGCGUGCCGGCUCACCUCUUGACGCGCUUGGAGCGCCACUGAAGCCUCGGCAGGCUGAAGCCCGGGCAGAGCCGCGAACUCCCGGCGUACCGCGGGCGGCGCACAACGCUGGCCGUGACCUCGAGGACUGGGAGCUGCGCAAGGCGGCGCAGGCUGAGCAGGGCAACUGGCGGCCGAAGCGCAUUAUCUCGCGCGAGGCACAGAACGGCCUGCGCGCGCUGGCCGACUCGGACCCGACUUGGACCUCUGCGCGCCUGGCCGAGCACUUCCGCAUCUCGCCCGAGGCUGUGCGGCGCAUCCUGCGCAGCCGCUGGGAGGCGCCGGGUGCCGUUGUCGGCCGGCAAAAUCGCAGGGCCCAGGAGCGCGAAGAGGAGCGCAAGGCGGGCUACCAGGCGCGCCAGCGCGAGAGCGAGGAGAUGGAGUCGGUGUGGCGUGCGCUGGGCGACGAGAGUGCCGGCGCCGAGGCGGACGAGCUUGAGCUUGAGGAGCCAGACGCCGACGAGCCCUCCGCCAAGCGGUAUCGGCAGAAGGUCGUGUACGAAGGCCUUGUUGGGCCCGACAUCCCGACGCCGCGCAAGAGCACGCCUGCGUCGCGCGGCGAUGGCGAGUGGUGCGCCGUGGACGCGGACUGGUGCGUGGUGCACGUCAUGACGUCCAAGGCGCGGAGGACAUGGGACGUCGAGGGGCGAUGGAGCGCAAAGCAAGCGCGCGACGAGCCAGCCGUGCCCGAAUUGCGGACAAGAGCAUCGCGGCGAGCAGGCGGCCGCUACAAUGUCGCCGGCUAGGCACGCAAAGCACUACCUCUUCUCUCACACGCAUACGGACGCAAAGGGGCAUUACAUACAUUCAUUGACAAGCGGGUGCAAAUCCGCCGCUGCAAGGG